UAGUAUAUAGAAGAGAAAAAUACUGAAUCAAUAAUCUCAAACUCUGACAAGAAGAUAUCCAUAGCUAGCGGAGGAUAAAAAUGGUUCGAGCUCCUUGCUGUGAGAAGAUGGGAUUGAAAAAAGGUCCAUGGACUGCUGAAGAAGAUCAAACCCUCGUAUCUUACAUUCAACAGUUCGGUCAUGGAAAUUGGCGUGCUCUUCCAAAACAAGCUGGUCUGUUGAGGUGUGGGAAGAGCUGCAGAUUGAGAUGGACAAAUUACUUAAGACCUGAUAUUAAACGAGGAAAUUUCAGCACUCAUGAAGAAGAAACUAUCAUCCAAUUGCAUGAAAUGCUUGGCAAUCGGUGGUCUACAAUUGCAUCAAGAUUACCUGGACGAACAGACAAUGAAAUUAAGAAUGUGUGGCACACCCAUCUCAAGAAAAGACUCAUUCAGAAUCAAAAUCAACCGAAACGUGCAACGAAGCAGCGGCAAGUAAAUGAAAACACGAAAGUUGAGCCUUCAGUGUCUCAGCAAUCUGCCGACAAUUCAGUGUCACCUCAACAAUCUUCCUCCAGUGACUUCUCCUCUGGUGUGGACGACUCAUUGGUCUUAACAACAGAUGACUUCGACAUGGGUAUCAAAGAUGAGGACGCCGAUUACUCCUCCGGAGCAUUUCCAAGAAUUGAUGAUAAUGUAUCGGAUGCCGAUAACUAUUACAUGCCGGAAGUGUUGGCUGAACCAAAGGAAGAAUUUCCUGUUGCUGCAACGUCCACAACUUCAGUACCUAACAUUGACGAAGACAUGGAGUUUUGGUAUAGUAUUUUCGUAGGGGCAGGGGAAUUGACAGAGUUGCCUGAGUUAUAAGGGCAGUUUUCACCUUUUCCGGUUUUGUGGAGAAAAUGGAAUUUGAUUUGUUGGUAUCCUGUUUUUGACUUCUUUUUUAACAAAGUGGGUUUAGAAUAUACUUGAUCUAGUGAAAUCUUUUGAACAGAAAAUAAAAAAGAGGAAUAAUUAUGGCUGCUAAUGAGAAAUACUUUUACCGAGGAUGUACCAAAAUCCAUAUAUUAUUGGACAAGAACGGUCAUAAUGCAGCAGCACGUAACUUUGAUUUCAACAAAGAGGCAGAUGCAGUUGUUGAUUAUGUAGCUAAAGGGGCACUAGCUAAUUCUAUAAGGGGUGUGUUGAUCAUAACUCCUCCACCUGAUACAUGGUCUUAAGUUUGUUGAGUGCUGAUUGAAUGGGUAGAGCAGACUCAGCAGAGUUGUUUAGUUAGUUUAAUUUUGUGCCUGUUGGCAUUUCUGCAAAAGAUCAAGUAGAAAUUAUGUAACGUUUCACAUGCAUAAGCAAA